UGGGCACUCGCCUUCAAUGGUGACCGUACCUCUCCUCUUCACAUGGUCAAGCCGACACGAAAUCAGCGCCCGAAGCUAAAUGAAGGACAUGACUUUCUCUCCUUCGAGCUCCGAUAAACCAGUAGUUACUUCGUCAACCAAAUACAUACUUCGACCAGAACCGAACAUGUCAAACUCGUCCUAGACACCCAGUUCUCGCUCUUGAUGUUCCUCUGAGAGAACACUGCCAAUUGGCCCAAUUCAUCAUCGUCACCAACUGGGCAAUCCCGGAAAGGUCGGAAAAUGGCUUCCUGGUUGCUUCGCCGGAGAGUCUUGUCUCGUGCUGUCUCAGGCAUUAUACAUGGCAAUGUGGAGCCCUCUUGGCUGCAGCUGGAAUUGAAGAUCGGAUGUCUGAAUAGGGUAUUUAAUGUAAGACAGUAUGGAAGCAUUAGCGGCACUAAUAAAUUUGACGUCACGGACUUGACUUGCCCUCAUAAAUGGUACCCAGCUGCACGAAGGAAAAAUCGCAAAGUUAUACUCCAUGUGGGUCCGACAAAUAGUGGCAAAACUCAUGGUGCUCUAAAGCAACUUGAGUCGAGCGCUUCUGGGAUAUAUUGUGGGCCUUUAAGGUUGUUGGCAUGGGAGGUGGCCAAACGCUUGAACAAGGCGAAAGUUCCUUGCGAUUUGAUUACAGGACAAGAAAGGGAGGAAAUUGAAGGUGCAAAGCACAAGUCUGUGACAGUGGAGAUGGCUGAUGUAAGCUCAGAGUACCAGUGUGCCAUAAUUGAUGAAAUACAGAUGCUUGGAUGUUUGACAAGAGGAUAUUCAUUUACAAGAGCUUUGCUAGGAAUAGCUGCUGAUGAACUACAUCUCUGUGGAGAUGCAGCAGCAGUCCCUCUAGUUCAAGAAAUACUGAAUGUGACUGGGGAUGUUGUUGAGGUACAAUAUUAUGAGAGGCUUUCACCUUUAGUCCCCUUGAAGGUUCCUCUUGGACCUUUUAAGAACAUAAGAACAGGAGAUUGCAUUGUGACCUUCUCACGCUAUGAAAUAUACAAAUUAAAGAGAUAUAUUGAAAACGGAGGGAAGCACCUAUGUUCUGUGGUUUAUGGUUCUCUCCCACCUGAGACUCGAACAAGACAGGCAACAAUGUUCAAUGAUGCAAACAGCGAGUCUGAUGUUUUAGUCGCGAGCGAUGCCAUCGGGAUGGGUCUUAACCUAAACAUCUCCAGAAUUAUAUUUUCAACAAUGAAGAAGUUCGAUGGAAUUGAGAUGCGAGAGCUCACCAUACCUGAGAUUAAGCAAAUUGCAGGGAGAGCAGGUAGGUAUGGGUCAAAAUAUCCAGUCGGUGAAGUGACUUGUAUAGAUGCUGAUGAUCUACCAUUGCUUCACUCUGCUAUCAAUGCCCCAUCUCCAACUAUAGAGCGUGCUGGGCUAUUUCCGACAUAUGACCUCUUGUUCAUGUAUUCACGCUUGCACCCAGAAUAUGGCCUUCAGCAGAUUCUGGAGGACUUUGUGGAGAAUGCAAAGUUAUCUGAUAAUUACUUCAUCGCUAAUUGCGAAAAUAUGUUGAAAGUCGCUGCUGUUCUCGAUCAGCUGCCGCUUGGUUUGCAGGAUAAGUACCUAUUCUGUAUGAGCCCAACAGAGAUGGACGAUGAGAUUGUAUCUCAAGGUCUUACACAGUUUGCCCAGAAUUAUGCGGAGAGGGGAAUCGUUCAUCUUCGAGAAAUAUUUACACCUAGGACUCUGGAGGUUCCAGAAACCCAUACGGCAAUGAGGGAUCUUGAAUCAGUUCACAAGGUCCUCGAUUUAUACGUGUGGUUGAGUUACCGAUUGGAGGAUUCUUUCCCUGACCAAGAAGUGGCUGCUUCACAGAGGGCAAUGUGUAGCAUGCUGAUUGAGCAGUUCUUGGAAAGAUUCGGGUGGCAGAAGCCGAACAGCAGGAAGUUACCAUUGCGCAGAAUUUCGGUUUCUCAUUUACCCAAAGAAGUUCGAUUGCAUCUUCAAUGACUAACGCUUGAAUUCUCAUGUUUAGCGAUACCCAUUUUUGUUCAGUUCUCUUUUUUUAGUCCCAAACAUAGGAUCAGAACAGACCAAAACAAGGUAUCAGAACAACUGAUAAUCUGUCAUUCCGUCUUGUUUCUAUCGAGAAGUUCUUCCUUGGGUCAUAGUGUCUUUAUUUUGUUAUUAGCAGAAAUCUUUCAAGGUCACAAUAAUGUAAUAUCUAUGUACAUUACAAGCAAUCCAAUGUUAUUAUGAUCAUUCCAAUUCAAUA